UUUUGUUUGUGGCCGUUAUUUUUUAUUAUUUUUUUUUCGUCCGAUACCCACGCAAAUCUCUUCACACACCUGUUUCAAUAUCAUCAAACACACGUCUAUUGGAUAUCUGCAGACUUCGGCAAAAAUAAAAAAAGGUUUCGCGGGAGCUAUGUUGGAAACCGUAGCAGAGAAGAAAAUCCCGCCGCCGCUGCCACCCAAGACCCGCCGCGGCUGUCUGAAAAACGGCGGCGUCGAAGGCAACUGUGGCGGCGGCGCGACCAUUCUGCAGUCCAACGGUCACGUGGUGAAAAUCCGAAUAGAUCCGAUGAUGGUCGACGGAGGCGGCGGUGGUGGUGGCGGCGGGGCCGGUGACCGCGCCGAACGGGACGACGGGCCGCGCCGUGAGCACGCGGUGGGCCGCCGGUCCAGUACGGUCAAGAUAAACAUCACUUGCGUGGACCCGUUCAUGUUCCGUCGGCACUACACCGACGUGGACGAUGACGACGACGAGGACGACGAGGACAGGCGCUCGUCGUCGGGACACCGGUCGCCGCUGGACAGCGGCACGGGCAGCGACCUGGACACGGGUAGCCGCCGGGACGAGAGCGACGACGGGACGUGCAGUUGCGAUUCGCUGACUAGCAGCACGGCGGAUCCCGAGACGGCUGUGAUGGCCGUCGAUCUGGCGCCGGGACGGGCGGUCGUGGCCGCCGACGCCGAUGCCGUCGAGCCGGUCACGUCCGAUCCGGUGGCCGUCGAACCGCUGGCGCCGGCGCUGCAGGCCUGUACGGCGGCCGGGGUCGUGGCCAUGGCCACUGUCGCGACGGUCGUCGAAGAGCUGCCGAAACGUUCGACGCCGCAGGCUGUGCACGUCCAACAGCGGUGCUACAACGACACGUCCGUGGCCGCGGUGGUCGCAACCGACCGCGUCAUUGACAUGGACAACACGGACCAGUAUUACAGCUUUCACAUGAACGAGAACGUGUUCGACGAAGUGGACGCAGCAGCUGUGGCCGCCGCCGCCUCGCCGUCGGACGACACGUUCGCGGGGUGCAAGACGGUGGCCACCUCGGACACGAUACGCAGCGCCAAGGGUACCAUCAGGGGCGUCAAGAACCGCGUCAGGGCCGGAAUAGCGACGUUCUUGCAGCCCAAGACCAACAAGACGUGGCAGGAAAAAGAGGCCGGAAAAGUGGUGUUGUACACGACUACCAUGGGAAUAGUCAGGGACACGUACCAGCGGUGCCUCCAGGUCAGGCAAAUACUGAGGACUCAUCUGGUCAAGUACGUGGAAAGAGACGUCUUCAUGAGCCGGGAAGUGCAGAAGGAAAUCCGAGAACGUCUCGGCGGCGACGACAUUUCAGUGCCGCAGCUGUUCGUCGAAGGGAACCUCAUCGGAGAUGCAGAAGCCGUAGAAAGACUGAACGAAUCUGGGGAACUCCGAUCGAUUUUAAAACCAUUUAAGAGUCCGGACGCGUGUACGACGUGCCAAGUUUGCGGAGGCUACAGGCUGCUGCCCUGUCCGAUGUGCAACGGAAGCAAGAAAUCCGUGCACAGGAAUCACUUCACCACCGAAAUGAUCGCCCUCAAGUGUAUGAACUGCGACGAAGUUGGAUUAGUACAAUGUUACGCCUGUUGAACGACGACGACAACGCAUAAUUAUAUUAUAUAGUGUUAUUAUUAUUAUUUUGUUUAAUUGAUGACGCAAUGUGUAUCGUUAUUAUAUAUUAUUACCGUUUAUGAUUUAUAUCGAAGGCUUACAUAUAGUGUAAGUACCUAUAAUAUCAUAAUCGUUGUUGCAGUAGUAUCAAUUUACUAUAAUAUAAUAAGUGAGUUGUAUGUAUGUAUAAUACGGUAAAUAUGUAUAGGUACCUAUAUAAUAUAAUAGUAUAAUAUAUUAUUAUGCUAUUAAUUGCUAUAUUGCUAUCUGUUGAUCUGUUAGUUACACCACCGUUAGUAUUAUUUUUUUAGGAUUUUCAUUAUUUUUUUCUUAAAUAGAUUUUCAGAUGGCCACCACAAAUAACAGCGCACUUACCAAAUCUGUUUUAAUUUUUUUCGAUUACGAUUCAAGUAUCCAACACACAUACAUAUUAUUAUAGACAGCGUGUACCGACGAAACAUUAUAGGAACAUUAUAAUAUAAUAAUAUUUAAUCACAAUAUCAUACUAUAUAGUAUAUAGUAUAACUAUUUAGGGACCCAUUUUUUGCAGCGAACCUACUUACAGUAUAAUAUAAUAUGUAGGUACCUACCCACAGACUAUAGCUGUUAUUUAUGUUUAAGGCGUAAAUUCGUGAUACCCAUCUGUACGUAUCUAAUAAUUAAGCUGAUAAUUCUUAAAUGUAUAGUUUAUAAUAAUAUAUUAUCGGUACUUCUUUAAAAUCAAGUCGUGUAAGUGGUUUCUAUACAAUACUAUAUAUUAUUAUGUAUUUGUAAGUAUAUGAUAUUAUACCAAAUCGGCAUUUUUCUAAGACUUUAUUUUAUGUACCUACCGAGUACACACUGUAUAGCAGUAAUAUAAUAGGUGUUACGUAUACGUGUUAUGCGGGGAUAAUAUAUGCUAGAACAAAAUUGGAUACUCUAUAAAUGCACAACAUAUAAUUAUAUUUAUUAUUUACUGAUUAUUAUAAAUAAUAAUUUAGAACAUGAUACUUAUUUUCGUACUCAUCAUAAGUACCUAAUAUUCGCUAUUAAAUCUGAUUUUAACAGAUGGUAUGUAUUUAAAAGUGUGUCCAAUUUUGUUUGAAAAUUCAAUGUUAUUCAAUUACAAGAUUUUCAUUUAAUUUCCUUACUGCAAUAUACAAGUGUUAUGAAUUUCACUAUAAUUGUUUGGGAAAACAUGUUUAUUAUUUUAUUUAUUAAGUUUUAAAUUUAUAUUAUACACUAUGUUGUUUUUACACUAAAUACCAAAAUGCUCAAUAUUGUACUUUAUUUGUAUCGAAUAUAUUAUUAUUAUAAUAAAUGUCCUAUGUAUAAGUAGAAUUCUAAACAGUUAUUAUAUUAUUUAUUUAUGUAUAACUGAGGUAGAUUAAAUUGCAUCAAUUUUGUAUCAAUAGUUGAUUUCUUUUUUUUAUUUCAAAACUAUAAUUUUUCUUCUAUUAUUUCUCAUGUUUAUCUUUUAAUAAAAGCAGCAAGUGAUUAAUAAAUAAUUUAAUUGCAAAUUGAAAACUAUGUGAAUAUUUUUCGAUAAUAACAAUUUUGUUUUUACGUAUAUAAUCAAUGGUAUAAUAUUUUAAUAAUCAAAUAAUGAUUACACGGCGUAACGGAUAGGCUAUUUGCGUACAAUACUGUCUUAUCGCGGUAUUUAAUAAGUACAAUAAUAACAAGCCGAUACAAUUUUUAGUAAUAAAUUGAGAUGAAAAUAUGAAAUAAUUGGCUAUAGUUUUUGUUUUAAUGGAAAAAUCGUAAUUUUUAAAAUAAAUAUUUUUGUUUUUAAAAUUUA